GAGGGCUUCAUUUUUUUCGGCGUUUAUUUCCUGAAGCAGCAGUCUUAUUUGGUUAACUCGUCGAAUGACAUGACUUCUUUCUUUCUCUGACACAAGAGCCACCGUCUUGCUGACUUGGUUUUGUUUGCCUUGCCCCAUGGAACAUUCCCGCAAGUGUCUUUUUUAGCUCAAUCUCUUUGAGCAUCAUUGACUUCUUCACUUCUUCUUCACCCUUCUGAGUGCGAUAUUUCGCAUUCAUAUCCUUGUCCCAACUCGAAUCGUCAGUUUUGACAACAUUGCAAUGUCUAUCCUGAGCUCUGCGGGGUUCGCACCGCCUCAAGCCGUAGCCUUGCUGGUCGUCUAUUGUCUCGUCUACGUCAUCCCUCUCUACUUCUCAGCUGCAACAAGGCCUUCACCCACUCGCUCCAGAGAUGCUCCUGAGGCUAUCCGCGCACGUAUCUUUGUCGUCUCACUCUCAACGGGGGCAUGCUCCCUCGUGACGCUAUAUCUACUCUCAUCUCACGGCGCAAUUGCCGUUGAGAAGCCCUUGCACUUCAUGGGCUACUGGCCACCGGGGCUCAUCGAUGCUGCUCGUGCGCUUUGGCUCACGGCCCUGCUGUUUGCAGGCCCCUUGUAUGAGUCUCUCGUCAUCGAUGGCGCGGCUCAUCAGUGGCUUAACCUUCAGCCUCUGAGGGAUCUGUGGACUGACUGGCCAACCUGGAGAAACAUGGUAGCGGGUCCUAUUACCGAAGAGUGCUUGUUCCGUUCUGCUGGUGUCCCACUGCUUCUCCGUUCUGGAGCCAGCCUAACUGGCACUAUCUUCAUGUCGCCGCUCAUCUUCGGCCUGGCUCACCUUCAUCACUUUUAUGAGUUCCGUAUCACUCACCCACGGACUCCUCUCCCUGUGGCUAUUGCACGGUCAUUACUUCAGCUGUCGUACACGUCCUUGUUCGGAGCAUAUGCCACUUUCUUAUUUUUAAGAACUGGUAGCUUGCUGGCCGUUGUGCUCGUGCACACCUUUUGCAACUGCAUGGGCCUUCCACGUCUUUGGGGCCAGCUUGAUCCUCACUGGCUGCCAGAGGGUGAUCCGGCCGUAGCCUCGUCUAGAAAGAUGUGGACUGUUGUUUAUUACGUACUUUUGGUGGGCGGCUUAGUUGCUUGGUGGCAGAAUUUGUACUCGUUGACCGAGACACCGAUGGCGCUGGCCAAGUUCUAAGAUUAUCUAAAUUCAUGCAUUUCACAAUCGAAUUGUUGAAUAUCGUAUGCACAAAUGAGAUGGUCUUCUCACAGACCACGCUAUGGCCCCAUCUGAAAUGUCAAGCUAAAUGGCCUACAUGAGCACAGGGGCUAGUAGUAGCCU